CAGCGCCCACUCUGCGGUGCGGCGCUCCAGGAUGAUAGAGACCUGAGGGGUCGGUGUUAAGUCAUGAACUUCAGUAACUUCUCCACAUCCCUCGGUUAAGUGCACCUUCAGCCAUGCCUGUGACAUCUCAGCUGCUCAGGGGUUUGCCCCGUUCCAAGGUUUUGGCCUCCAGUCUGUUACCAUGCCAACAACACCAGUCCCAUUUAGGACCCAUCACUCACCGACCUGCCUCAAGACGGCCUUCUCACAUAUGGCAGAGCCACCAGCACUCAAGAAGUUACCGGGCAACCUCAGUGCUCCGCAGUUACAUCCUCACACCCCCGCAGGUCAACUCGAUUCUGAAAGCCAACGAGUACAGCUUCAAGGUGCCGGAGUUCGAUGGGAAGAACGUGUCAGCAGUGAUGGGUUUUGAGAGUAAUCAGCUGCCAGCUAAUGCUCCUAUAGAAGACCGUCGAAGUGCAGCCACAUGCCUGCAGACACGAGGAAUGCUGCUGGGUGUGUUUGAUGGCCAUGCUGGCUGCGCCUGUGCACAGGCGCUGAGUGAGAGGUUAUUCUACUACAUAGCAGUGUCUCUGCUGCCCCACAAUACACUGUGUGAGCUGGAGGCAGCGGUGGAGUCCGGCAGGGCCCUCAGUCCCAUCCUGCAGUGGCACAAACACCCCAACGACUACUUCAGCAGGGAGGCUCAGACUCUCUACUUCAACAGCCUCCGAACAUACUGGCAGGAGUUAAUAGAUCUCACCAGCCCAGGCGAAGUCCCAGACACCCGCGAGGCACUGCUGAAUGCCUUCAAGAGGCUGGACAAUGACAUUUCUCUGGAGGCUCAGGUUGGAGACCCGAAUGCCUUCCUGCACUACUGGGUCCUGAGAGUGGCCUUUUCUGGAGCAACAGCAUGCGUGGCUCACAUCGAUGGAUCAGACCUGUAUAUAGCCAAUGCAGGAGACGCUCGGGCGGUGUUGGGAGUGCAGGAGGAGGAUGGUUCAUUCAGCGCGCUCACACUCUCUAAUGACCACAGUGCCCAGAAUGAGGAUGAGGUGGCUCGGAUACGAAGUGAACACCCUCCAUCAGAGAGGAAGACAGUUAUCAGACAGGAACGCUUGCUCGGCCUCCUCAUGCCGUUCCGUGCAUUUGGGGAUGUGAAGUUUAAGUGGAGUAUUGAACUGCAGAAGUGUGUGUUGGAGUCCGGACCCGAUCAGCUCCAUGAAAAUGAGCACACCAAGUUCAUCCCUCCGAACUACCACACACCCCCCUACCUGACCGCCGAGCCAGAGAUCACGUACCACAAACUGCGGCCACAGGAUCGCUUCAUGGUGAUUGGCUCUGACGGCCUCUGGGAGACCCUCCACAGACAGGAGGUGGUUCGUAUCGUGGGGGAGUAUUUAACAGGGGUGCACCAGCGUCAGCCCCUCAAAGUCGGAGGCUACAAAGUCACCCUGGGACAGAUGCAGGGGCUGCUCGAAGAGAGAAAGGCCCGCGUGUCUUCAGCUUUCGAGGAUCAGAACUCAGCGACCCACCUGAUGCGCCACGCGGUGGGGAACAACGAAUUUGGCACGGUCGACCACGAGAGGCUGUCGAAAAUGCUCUCGCUGCCCGAGGAGCUGGCUCGCAUGUACCGCGAUGACAUCACCAUUAUCAUCUGUCAGUUCAACCCCCAUGUGAUCGGAGCACAGAGACAGGACGAGCAGUCCUGAGCUGCAUAAAAGCCAUCCACUGAAGCAUACUCACACUUCUGUGUAACCUUAGAUCUACGUACGAGCACACUCUGUGGACAAACAGGCCAUAUUGAGAAAAUAUCUGUCCAGCGGUCGGAAUGAAUCAUUUUAACUCUAUUUAUGUACAGGAUUUGUAUGUUUGUAUGCAGUCACGAGAACGUCAAGUUCCUCAUGAAGUCCAAAGAUCUUCGUUGGAUCGGAGUCUCUUCUACAACAUGCUGCAAAUAUCCUCUGGUAACCGUUUCAUACUCACUUCUCUGCGUGGCUGAUAAAAUGCUGUUACAAACUGAUUUUUGUGCCAAAAUAUUCAACCUCUUCGUCUGCAAAGACUCGACGCCGGGGUUGAAAUUACAGAGAUUCCAAAGAGGGUGAAGGUUGGGAUUUUACAAGUAAAGAGGCCGUGACUGAUGCAGCACUGACUCGACCUCCUCCCUCUGACCCCCUUUACACCUGGCAUUAAAAUGCAUUUUGGGUGAUCGGGUCUCAAUCAGAGAGAGCUUGACCAGAAGUACAGGUGUAAAUGCACAUACGUUGAGGACUGAUUAUGAUCCGGAUGUGGUCAGGGAUGCAUCGUGACUACCUGAAAACGUAAUUGCAACUGCAUUUUAAGUCCACAUACAACAACUACAUGGGAACGGGGUAGCACCGGCUCUCCUUCACUUGAUGCUGAAGCUGCGAGGCACACAGUGGUCUCUCUCUCAUCUCUCAUUUAUUUUCCCUUUGCGUUCAAAAAUAGCUGCAUUCAUUUCAAACGUUGUGACAGGUGCUGCCACAUACGUCCAUGUGUCCUUUAUGUUGACAUAGAUACAUCCACUAGAUGGUGCUAGAAGGCAGAAUCAAAGGGUCAUGACAACAAAGAGGUUGUAUAAUAAUGUACCUUUUAACGAAGGCAGCAUUGUAGAUGGCAGCGAUUUACAUGGCCAUAUUAUGACACAUGGCCGGAGAAUUCUUUUCACUGUAGAAUCAAUCUGUUUGGUUCUGCCAUUUUUAAAAAGUCUUCGUCAUGUCCUAUAGUUGUAUCUCAUUCAAACUACGCUACACUGCCCCCAUGAUUUCUGGUGGUAUGGCUCUGUUUUGUCCAAAUCUGUCAGCUUUCGGAAAACAUGCAAAAAUACAGACGAAGUUACCUUCUAACUCUUCCUGACUGGCUCCAUAGCAAAGAUUUUUUUAAAAAUAAUUGUUUUAUUUUUACACCAGUAUUGGCUACGAAAACCGCAGAAAAUAUGAUGUGAGCCCUGUGUCAUUUUAGUUAGUUUUUUAAUUUUUAAAAUAAAAAUAUUUUUUAAAAUUCUUAUCCUAAUAAUAGUUGACAGGGGCCUAUUUGGACUUGGUUCAGUUGUUUGAGCCCGACAGAGCGAUCAGGUCUAGAUGUGGACACUUGUGACGCAUAUUAACACCAGAUUUCAAUGUAAUCAAGUUAAAUCAUAGUUGGGCACAAUCUGGAGACAAAACACAUUGUAAUGCGAGGUGUAAAAGGGAUCUCUCAUAUGGACUCUAACUGGCCUCUGCCAUUAUAACCCCAACGCUCUUCUUGUGCAGUCUGGUUUUGUUGUUUGCAUCCCAGGCACACUCUCUCUCACCUUCCAGGCUGCUCCUGCAUCUGUUACAACACAGCACUGUUGCAUCUGUUCGUUUUUACGUCUUCGUUUAAGUCAUUGUAUGAUAUAUUCUUAGCACUGUCCAAACAUACUCGUUUUGUUCUGCAUUUACACGUCAGUCUGUGACGUUUACUCCAGCACUCUGGGUUUCAGGUGACACAGUAACUAUCAGGUUUCGGUGCUGACUUUGAGCUCUCCACAGACACAUUGAAUAAAAUGAAAGUUUGUUGUUCUUUUCCCACGCUUUGUGGAUUUAAAGGGAUGUGUGUGUAUGUGUGUGUGUGUGUGUGUGUAUAGAGUUUCUCUUGCCUUAUGUUAUUUUUUUUCUGAUGGGUCAUUAGCACUUAACAGUUGGUUACAGUUUGGGGUGUUAUUACUCAUGACAGCCAUGGUGAAAGCAGAAGCAGCCCAUUCUCCUGAUACUCUCCAGUUAAACACUAAUGAUGGGGUCGUAUCGGUGUGUGUAUAUGUGUAUUUAAAAUGUAAAAAGAAGCUGUUUGAAUAUUAAAUAUUAUUUAUUCAGCUUUUGCAGCAUGUUACACGUCUUUAUCUACAGUUUUAUGUAUAAAUUGUAACUUAUGUGGGUUAAGUUUUGUAUAUGGAAUGGUUUAAUAAAACACUGAUA